GAUGCGGUGAUCAGCCGCGAGGGCCUGCGGAAUCUGACCCUGGAGGGCCAGAGCGCCUCCCUGGCCCUGCUGGGGAUGAGUUUGGGCAUUGGUGCGUUGUUUGCACGAUCCAUUCGUUCAGUGCUGAUGGAUUGCCAGAUGAACCAGUACGAGUCUGACCAG